AUGGCUCAAAAUGACAUUGACAAUGUGUUAGAUCACCUAAGAAGGAUCAAGAGUGGAGGUGAUUUGAGUAGAGUCAAGAUUCUGCAAAUUGAGACACUUGAAAUGCAGAUAAGAUUUUUUAGAACCUUUAUUAAGUACCAUCGUGUUCUUUUGCUUGAUUUCUUAGUCAAAAUCACAGAGAAGGCCGAAUUGAUUGUGGAAAUGCUUCACUCAGUUUUUCCAGUUGAAUGUGAAACUAACCUUAAUGUGGAAAGGCUAGUAUCACAGUUGCUGGAAUUCAGUGAAGGCAAUACCAAUUUAAUGUACAAUUAUGAGUUGAAUGAUUCAGAUAUGUUGGAUUAUAUGGAUUGCCUUGACAAGAACCUAAAUGAUGUACAGAUGUGUAUGGAACGGUUCAUUCAGUAUAAUCGAUUUUUAAAACAAAUGAAAAUCAUUCAAAAGAAGAUGAGAUUUUUGAGAUACUUAUAUGCCACAGAGAUAAAUGAUUAUGUUGACAAUGAGAAGUUGAAUGGUCUGGAGACACGAGUUCAGUUCAUGGCUGACAAUGUAGGACAAUUUUGUUUUGACCUUUAUGUUAAUUUAAAUAAUACAUGCAUAGGUGAGGAUGAAUAUGAAAGGGAUUCAGAUGAGGAUGAAGAUAAAUGGGAUUCAGAUGAAACAGAUACAGAUGAGGAUGAAUAUGAAAUAUUUGAUAUCUUGAGUAAACCUCCGUAUCUGUUAUGUUUGAUUGUGUUAGUGGAGUUGGAAAUGAAGAAGAUUUUUCUUGGUGAACUAAAGGCUUCAAAGUUUACUCAAUCAAAAACUUUCAAGAACAAGAAAUUACCGAAAGGAUAUUCACAUCAUCUCCAAAGUCUACUGAUGUAUCUCAGAAACAAAAAACUCGAGAACUUUCCUAAUAAUAACUCUGCUCAAAAUAUUGAUGUGGCAAUAGAGUUCUUGUUGGUUUUACUUGAUGCUGAUGUGUCAAAUCAUGUUAUCAAUGGUAAUUGGUUGAAUGAGAUUAUGGAAAAGGUUGGAGCUAUAGCGGGUGAUAUUCUAUAUGUAAUUCAAAAGCUUCUUCCUAACUCUAUAAACAAAGAUGACACUAGCAAGAUAAGUCUUUGCUCGAUACGGUUAUUGGAGAAAACUGAAGAUCUGAAGGCACAAGUUGAGACAUACUACAAAUCCUUAAAAUUUACUCUAUCUAAGUUCCCCACCUUUGGUGGAUUGAGCUUUCUGGAUUCUCUUUUAAGCAAACUGAAUGAGAUGUCGAAAUCUAAAUCUGCUUUAGAGAAAGAGUUUUCAUCUCUCACAACCAUUUUAGAGAUAGAGCUUUCAUCUCUAACACUUGUUUUCAGAGAUGUCGUGAAGGUGCAGCAUAAACAUGAAGAAGUUUUUAAAGAUCUUCUGAGGCAUACUGUCAAUUUGGCAUAUGAAGCAGAAGUAUCCGUCGACUCUAUUCUUGUUCAGUAUAAUGCUCUUUCGCAUACUUUUUGUUCACUUCCAGCGAUCAUAAAAGAGAUCAAGCAUAUUCGUGCGAGGGUGACAGAGAUGAGGUUUCAGAACUUUCCUCUUAAGCCCUUCUCUGUGGUAGAACCAUCUAAGCAUCUGCCAACUCAACAUAGGAAUCCUGUGAAUGAUGAGGUGAUAGUUGGUUUUAAGAAUGAAGCAGAAAAAAUAAUUCAAUAUCUGAUUAAAGGUCCAAAUGAGAUAAAUGUCAUUUCAAUUGUAGGCAUGGGAGGGCAAGGGAAAACGACUAUUGCUAGAAAGGUGUACAAUAAUGACAGAAUUUUUUCUUGCUUCGAUGUUAGAGCAUGGUGCAGUGUUUCCCAAACAUAUAACCGGAGAGAGCUAUUACAAGAUAUUUUCAGUCAAGUUACCGGUUCCAAGGACAAGGGAGAUAAGGAUGACGUUCUUGCUGACAUGUUGAGGAGAAACUUAAUAGGAAAGAGAUACCUCAUUGUGUUGGAUGAUAUGUGGGAUGGUAUGGCAUGGGAUGACAUAAGACAUUGUUUCCCUGAUGUUGGAAAUAGAAGUAGAAUAAUGGUAACAACUCGACUUGAGAAAGUAGGUGAGCAAAUCAAGUACCAUACAGAUCCUUAUUCUCUUCCAUUCCUCCCCGUAGAUGAGAGUUGCAAAUUGUUGCAGAAAAAAGUGUUUCAAGAGGAAGGUUGCCCUCCUGAACUACAAGAUGUGAGUCGAAAAAUUGCAGAAAAAUGCAAAGGACUGCCUCUGGUGAUUAUUUUGGCAGCUGGAAUUAUCAAAAGGAAUAAGAUGGAAGCCUCUUGGUGGGAUGAGGUUAAGGAUUCUCUGUUUUCGUAUCUUGGUGAUUCUGAAGGAUAUAGUCUUUCGAUUAUGCAGUUAAGUUACAAUAACUUACCUGAUUAUUUAAAGCCCUGCCUUCUUUACAUGGGGAUGUUUCGGGAGGAUGCAAUAAUUCCAGUGUCCAAAUUGAUAAGUCUAUGGAUUGCGGAAGGCUUCAUGCAGAAUAUUGAAUCAGGGAGAAUAAUUGAAGAGGCAGCUGAAGAUUACUUGAUGGAUCUCAUUAGCAGUAACGUGGUAAUGGUUUCAAAGAGAGAAUAUAACGGAAAAGUCAAAUAUUGUCAUGUUCAUGAUGUAGUGCUUCACUUUUGCUUGGAGAAGGGUAGACAAGAAAAGUUCAUGUUGUCUCUGAAGGGCGACUUUCAACAGUUGGAUCGGAAGGAAAGUCGAGUUAGCUUCAAUCACAGUAAUAAGAUUUCCAAGUUUGCAGCUCUUGGCUCUGAAACGUUGAAGCCUUUCCACCAACACUUGAGGUCACUGAUAAUGACAAAUAAAGGAAAAUGUCAUUAUUGGAUUAGACAAGUGAGACUUCUUAAGGUCUUGGAUUUGAGUUCUCAUAGAGUGCAUCAUGUUUCGUCCGCUACAAUGAAACCACUAAUUCACCUGAAGUACCUAGCAGUUUCCGCAGAAGAAUUAGACUUUCAUCCCGAACCACAUCUACUCCAUUUAGAAACUUUAAUUGUGGAAGGUUUGUUUGAGUUUGUGGUGUUACCAGAAACUUUUUGGAAAAUGGAAAAAUUAAGGCAUGUUGAGAUCAAUCAUGUUGAAUUUGAUUUGAACAACAAUAAGCAAGGGAUGUUUGAAGAAUCUUCUAAAUUGGAAAAUUUGAGGAUAUUAAAGGAAGUUGAGAUUAUGGAGGAUAUUGUGGAUGUGUUGUUACAGAGGUGUCCUAAUCUUCGAGAACUCGACAUCUUUAUUCAGAGCGAUAGAAAUUCUCCAGAGAUUUGUCUCAAAAUGGAGAGUCUGCAAAUACUUACCCUUUCCUUUGAGCGUUCCCUAUUUCUAUCCGGGUUACAGUUGCCUUCAAGUUUGAAGAAGUUGAAACUAUCAGGGCCUCGUAUAGAAAGCGUGAUUCCCUUCAUUGCCGGACUACCAAGCCUGGAGUAUUUCGAAAUACGGGAGUGGACUGGUAUUGUUUGCAACAGAGAGUGGUGCCUUGGAGAUAUCACGUUCCAUAAACUUAAGUUCUUGAAACUGGUGAUGUUAGGUAUCUCAACAUGGGAUGCCUCGGAGGAAUCCUUUCCUAUGCUUGAAACACUUGUUAUUCAAUAUUGUGACAAGCUCAAGGAGAUCCCCCUUAGUUUCGCAGAUAUUCCAACGCUGAAACAGAUUAAGUUGAUUGGGCACCGGAAAGAAUCUCUUGAAGCUUCAGCAUUGCAAAUUGAGGAAGAUGUUGAAUAUAUUGAAGGAUGCAACCGUCUUAACGUCAUUAUCAGAGUAAGUAGAAACAAAAUUCCUAUGUGCUGUUUUUGA